UUUCCUUUCAGAUAUAAAAUGGCUUCAUUUCCAGACUCCAAAUGUUUCAGCAAGGAAGAGCUUGAUGAGCUUCAGGCUGCUUUUCAAACAUGUGGAGAAGACAAAGUCACACAUCUGAUACAGAAAAAGUUACAGGACUUAGAGUCUGUAGAGCUUAACAUUGCAGUAACUGGGGUUUCAGGAGCAGCGAAAUCCACCUUUAUCAAUGCUAUGAGAGGUCUUCGGAGCAAUGAUGAAGGAGCAGCUCCAACUGGUAACAUAGAAACCACACUGGAGGGAACCGGAUAUUCACAUCCCACUGUGAAAGGUGUUUAUUUCUGGGAUUUGCCUGGAAUUGGAACUUCAACAUUCAAAGCUGAUCAAUAUGUGAAAAAGAUGCAGUUUAAAAGAUAUGAUUUCUUCAUCAUUAUCUCACACACGAGAUUCACUGAGAAUGAUACGUUGCUCGCCAAGGAGAUUAAACGUCUGGGCAAGAACUUCUACUCUGUUCGGUCAAAUGUUGACAAUGAUCUAAAUGGGCUUGGAGAGGAGGGUAUUGAUUAUAACAAAGAAGCAGAGCUGGGGAUCAGGAAGGAUUGUGUCAGUAACUUGGAAAAGGCAGGGAUUCAAUCCCCAUCUGUUUUUCUGAUCUCAAGCUUCCAUCUGGAUCAGUUUGAUUUUCCUGUAUUAAAGAAAACUUUUGGAAAUGAUCUUCCAGAUAAAAAGAAAGAUGUUUUCCUCCUGUCAUUUCCAAACAGAUCCGUGGAUCCUAGAGAAAAUGGCUUCACCUUCUCACUCAAAUCCUUCAAACAGGAAGAACUAAAGCAGCUUCAGGCUGCUUUUCAAACAGGAGGAGUUGAAGGUGUCACUCUCCUGAUCCAGAAGAAGUUACAGGAUCUGGAGUCUGCAGAGCUUAGCAUUGCAAUCACAGGGGAAUCAGGAGCAGGGAAAUCCAGCUUUAUCAACAGUAUGAGAGGUCUUCAGAGAAAUGAUGAGGGAGCAGCUCCAAAUGGGCUUGGAGGGGAGGGUAUUGAUUAUAAUGAAGAAGCAGAGCUGGAAAAGAUCAGGAAGGAUUGUGUCAGUAACUUGGAAAAGGCAGGGAUUCAAUUCCCAUCUGUUUUUCUCAUCUCAAGCCUCAAACUGGAUCAGUUUGAUUUUCUUAUAUUAAGGGAAACUCUUGCAAAUGAUCUCCCAGAUAUAAAGAAAGAUGUUUUCAUCCUGUCAUUCCCAAACACAACUGUGGAAAUUGUGGAGCAGAAAAGGGGGAUUUUAAAGAAAAGAGUCUGGAUGAUGGCUGUAGCUUCCGCUUCUGUCAGAGCUGUGCCAGUUCCAGGGUUGUCCUUUGAUUGUGAUAUCGCUUUGUUAGUUACAGCAAUAAUAUAUUUCCGUCACUGCUUGUGUCUGGAUGAUGCCUCUCUUGAAAGAUUGGCCAGGAGAGUUAGUAAACCUGGAGAGGAUCUGAAAGCGUAA